AUGACACGUUCUGGAAGAUGCUACAUUCCAGAAGAACUAACUCAAGAGAUACGAAGAAAGGAGAACCAAAAAAGGCCGAUCACAGAGGGUGAGGCUGAAGAGUUUUGGCGAAGAAUGCAACCUAAGGAGUAUUCCAUUGUCAAGCAUUUGGAGAAGACUCCCGCUCAAAUUUCUGUUUGGGCUCCAUUAAUGAGUUCUGAGUACCAUCGAAAAGUACUGUUGAAGGUACUUGAUGAAGCAUAUGUGCCAACGGAAACAAGUGGUGAGAAUCUGGCCACCAUGCUAAAUUAUGAUGUAGGGAAAAUUCGUCAAAGCCGCAUGAAUGUAAGGGCGUUUGAUGGUUCGCAAAGAGAGACCAUGGGGGAAAUAGACAUGUGUAUCCAAAUGGGGCCUACAGAAUUUGUCACUGAGUUCCAAGUGAUGGGUAUAUCUACGAGCUAUAACUUAUUGCUAGGAAGACCAUGGAUCCAUGCUAUUGGAGCAGUCCCAUCCACAUUGCAUCAACUUUUGAAAUUCAUUUGGGAGGAUCAUGAAAUCGUCAUCCAUGGUGAAGGGAGUAAUCAUAGUUACCCUGGUUUCUCCAUUCUAGUUAUUGAAGAGUCUUCUCAGGGUACUGACUUUCACAUGGUGGAGAUAAUGAAUGCUGCUUUUGAAAAUACGACAAUGCAAGUACCAAUGCCGCAAGUGUAUAAAAUGCUAGCCACAAUUAUGUUGAGAAGCGGUUUUGAACCUGGGCGUGGGUUAGGCAAGAAUUUGGAUGGCAUAUCUGAACCUCUUCCUAUACCACUUCAAAAUUUCCGAUUCGGUAUCGGUUAUACUCCAACAGAGAAAGAAUUGUUUGAAGCAGAAACAAGGAAGAAACAUGACUGUGAUAUACCGAAGCCUAUUCCAGUAUUGUACCAGUCAUUUAUUGUUAAAGCUUUACAGCCUGAGAUUGAUGAUCUAGUGGAAGAGAUGGGAAGAUUGUUUGAUGAAGAAGAUUGUGAUGCGAUCUCGACAGAAUGCACAACAACACCCACCAUCCGAGAUGCCGGACCUGGAGAGACAUUGCAGAAUUGGAUGGCCACUCCACUUAUGAUCCAUCGAAUGACUUGUAAAAAUGAAUUUAAACCUGCCAAUGUCAUGACAUGUCACGAACACGGCGAACCAAGUAAGGUCGAUGAAGAUGAAUGUGAAGAAUAUGAUGAGGAAACUAUGAUGCCUGAACACCUUACCGAAGACUUGAGGCAACUUGAAGAUGAUAAAAAGCCCAACCUAAAUGAAACAGAGACAGUAAACUUGGGAGUUGACGAGUCGAUCAGAGAAACCCGAGUCAGUGUCCAUUUGGCAGCAACAGAAAGAGAAGAGUUGGUCAAGCUGCUCAGGCAAUACAUCGAUGUGUUUGCCUGGUCUUAUGAUGAUAUGCCAGGGUUAAGCACUGAUAUUGUUUCUCAUAAGCUGCCUAUCAAUUCAGAGUAUUGUCCAGUAAAACAGAAAACCAGAAAGUUUAAGCCCGAUCUGAGUUUAAGGAUAAAAGAGGAGGUCAUGAAGCAGAUCGAAUCAAAAGUCGUUGAAGUGACCAAGUAUCCCACUUGGCUGGCUAACAUUGUUUCAGUGGCAAAGAAAGAUGGAAAAAUCAGGAUAUGCGUGGAUUGUCGGGAUCUCAACAAAGCGAGUCCAAAAGAUAAUUUCCCUUUGCCAAACAUACACAUACUCAUCGAUAAUUGUGCUAAGCAUGAGUUGCAAUCUUUUGUGGAUUGCUUUGCGGGAUACCACCAGAUUCUAAUGGAUGAAGAAGAUGCAAAAAAACAGUAUUCAUCACACCUUGGGGAGUCUACCAUUAUCGAGUGA